AUGGCCCCUCCAACCCCCAUAUCCAUCCCCGCCUUCGCCGAGACACAGCUCCAGCUCCUCCUCCACGAGCACGAAGCCGAAGUCGCCUCCUCUUCACUCGCAUCCACCGCAGCAUCGGUAUCGCCGUCCACAAGACGAACUCUUCAAGCUACCGGCUACGCAUUAACCGGACUAGUUCUAUCACAAUGCCGCACCGGGCUGGGAGGCCGCGUCGUGGGCGAAUUCACACCCGAUCCGGCUAUCGCAUCUACAGGGUCCAAGUCACAGGGUGGAGGGGACUCGAGAGCAUCGGACGGACAACCUCGAUUAGGCUCUCAUGGUAUGCGGGUUGGCGAUGUGGUUCGUGUUAAUGAUGUCUCUGCGGGGUCGGCGAAGAAAGCGGGGAAGGAUAAAGAUAAGGGAAAGGACGGUAAAGAAGGUGCUAAGGGAGGUCCUGAGGGUGUUGUUACGAGGGUUAGCGAUAAGGCUAUUUGGAUUGCUUUUGGGCAGAGAGGGGGUGGUGGUCGUUCGAAAGAGGAUGAUGAGGCCAUUGAGGAAUUGUGGGGGAAGAAGCUUUGGGCGAUUAAGCUUGCAAAUGAUGUUACAUAUAGACGAAUGAGGCAGACGAUGGAGAAGAUUUCCAAAAUGACGGAAGGAGAUCAUUCGCAUUUCAUGCGGGUUGCUUUUGGCCAUACCACCCCCUUACAACCAGACUACGAAGGAACCGGGGAUGUACAGUUCAUUGAUCCAACAUUGAACGACUCGCAAAAGGAUGCCAUUCGAUUUGCCUUGGCCGCCAAGGAUAUCGCUCUCAUACACGGCCCUCCCGGGACAGGCAAGACCCAUACCCUAAUUGAAUUGAUCAUGCAGAUGAUCCAGCGAAAGAAGCGCGUUCUCGUCUGUGGUCCAUCAAAUAUCUCCGUGGAUAACAUCGUCGAGCGUCUUGCUCCGAAUAAAGUGCCCGUGGUGCGCAUCGGACAUCCAGCCCGACUACUCCCCUCGGUCAUGGAGCAUUCGCUCGAAGUCCUCACGCAGACUUCCGAUGCAGCAAGCAUAGUGAAGGAUGUACGCAGAGAGAUGGAUGAGAAGCAAGCCAGUAUUCGAAAAACGAGGACUGGUCGUGAAAGACGGGCUAUCUAUGAUGAUCUCAAACUACUGCGAAAGGAGUUUCGGGAGCGUGAGUCCAAGUGUGUUGAUAAUCUGGUUCGCGAGAGCAGUGUGGUCCUGGCGACUCUUCACGGUGCUGGGGGCCACCAGUUGAAGAAUCAAAAAUUCGACGUUGUGAUCAUCGACGAAGCGAGUCAAGCGCUCGAGGCACAGUGCUGGAUUUCACUUUUAUCUGCUGAGAAGGUGGUGCUGGCUGGUGAUCAUUUGCAAUUACCACCGACUGUCAAAUCAGCGAACCUCAAAACCAGGGAUAAGAACGGCAGAGACACGGAGAAGGAUGAGAAUGACACCGCCAAGGAGGAGAUCCUCAAGGGUGUUUCACUGGAGCGGACCCUCUUCGAUCGCCUAUUGGCGCUGCACGGGCCAGGGAUCAAACGGAUGUUGACGACCCAGUACCGGAUGCACGAGAAGAUCAUGCGAUUCCCGUCUGACGAGCUCUACGAAUCCAAAUUGAUCGCCGCUGAUUCAGUCAAAGAUCGACUGCUAGCCGAUCUACCCUACGAAGUCGAGGGCACGGACGAUACCCAGGAACCUCUCGUCUUCUGGGACACCCAAGGCGGCGACUUCCCCGAAAAGACCGAAGAUGAUGACAUCGGCAAGAAGGAGGCUCUCCUGAGGGAGAGCAAAAGCAACGAAAUGGAGGCCCUGGUGGUCGCUCGGCACGUCGAAAAUUUGAUCGCGGCUGGGGUGCGUCCCGAGAGCAUCGCGGUUAUCACGCCUUACAAUGGCCAGCUAGCUCUCCUGUCUCAGAUGCUCCGCGAAAAGUACCCUGGUCUGGAGCUCGGGAGCGUGGACGGCUUCCAGGGUCGCGAGAAAGAGGCCGUGGUGGUGAGUCUAGUCCGAAGCAAUGCGGAGCACGAAGUGGGUUUUCUCGGUGAGAAACGACGAUUGAACGUGGCCAUGACACGCCCCAGACGGCAUCUUUGCAUCUGCGGGGACUCGGAGACUAUCAGUCGGGGGAGUGAAUUUCUUCAACACUGGAUGGGUUACUUGGAGGAGAAUGCCGACUUGCGGUACCCUGACGCGGGUGACCUUCUAUGA